GUGAGAGGGAGCAGCCAUUUUUUUUUAAAAAGAACACAGGUUAGUUCAGGUGUGUCCUGGCUUAACCAUUAAGCCCAGACAUUAUCCAAUGAAGUUCCUCGGCUGACCUCCUCAAAUCAUUCAACACUGGGCAUUUCACGUGCAGCAUUUUAUUAUUUUGCCUCUUGUUAUCGGGGGAGAUGUUGGAAAAGAUCUUUUUCCUGCUCUGUUUGUCGUCUGCUUUGGCAGAAAAGGUCUGUACACCAGAUGCUACGGACGGCUACAAAGUUCGACUUAGCAUCAGAACUGCUCUGGGAGAUCAAGCUUAUGUCUGGAAUGAAAAUGAAAUGUUCCUUUUCCGAGCAACUCUGGCUUUUGCCAUGAGGAAUUACAUCGAAGGGCAGGAAUUUGAAGUGUCAAACAUCAUAGUGUGUGAUGAGACUCCCAGAGUGUCCUUCUGGUUUGUGGUGACGUCACCGCUGAACACUUCACGCCUUGUUGAUAAAGAAAGUGUGGAGGAGGCCGUCAGAAAGUCCAGGAAUCGGAUCAACAGUGCCUUCCUGCUAACUGAUAAAACCCUGGAGUUUAUCGGCAUCCCUCCCACCCUGGCAGCACCGGUCAACCCUGACACCCCUCCAUGGCUGAUUGUGUUUGGGGUGGUAAUGGGAGUUGUGGGUGCCGGCAUCAUCUUUCUGCUUGUGUCCUCUCUGGUCCAAAAGAAACGCAAAAAGGCUGAGAAAACAGACAACGAGGAAGUUGAAGAAGAGACGCGGGUGAAAACGGUAGAAAAUGGUGCUGCAAGUGAGGGUGUUUACAACAUGUCCUUCUCAGAUGACGAGCGAUUCACACAGAUGUAAAACACUUGUAUAAAAACUCUUCCAUGUAAGCAAUGAGAUGGGAAAAAGUUAUGAAGCUGCUCCAGGUGGAUUAUUGUUGCACAGUAAAAUCUGAUCAUUUUGAAGUUGUUCGUGAUUGUAGUUGAAGUUUUUCAUUAUAAUGAUUUAUACAUUUUUAUGAUUUUGUUUGUUUUGCUUUGUAUUUCCAUUGUUAUGAAAAAAAACCCCCCAGUACUUUCAUUUUCCAAAUGAAUGUAUAUAGUACUGUGCUUUGACAAUUGACUUUGACCAUUCUAUACUAACCAAUUACUGUACCGUAAAUUCACAUUUAUUUAUUUUUUGGCAAACAGAAAGAAAUGGAAAUAGGUAACAAAGCUGGUCCCAUUUUAGGCAUUUAUGGGGAAAAAAUGUAAGCCAUUUAAAACAACAAAUGGCUAGUUAAUCUGCAUUUUGUCAAAAAUGUGAUUGAUUUUGAUGUCAUCAAAUCAAAUGAGAGCCCAGAGGAGAUGUCUGCGGUGAGCAGAGCCUUUUGCUGUCUAUUCGUUUGCCAUCAUCCUCUUUCUUUUUCCAGACUACAGAGUGACAGUGAAAUCCCUGCUAAAGUCAGUGAUGGGCUUAGCUGCAGUUUUUGAAGCAGUGUUCAAGCUCAUUAUCACGAUGGUUGGCAAAAAUAUUGCUAGACACAAUUUACAUAAUGUUGCGACAGAACUGUGGCAGAACUGUGCAGCAUCCUUUGAACACAGAGAUUUGUGUAAUCAAGUCCCUGACAUGUCCUGUGGUUUGAAAAUGUGAGGCCUCUCUGGCACGCUGCAGGAAAAGACAAAACUUCAAACUUUCCCCAUUUUAAGCCACUGAACAAACUUAGAAAACACGAUUCCCCUUUAUUGGUCCAGAUGAAAGUCUGAUGUUGUGGUGACCUAUGGGUAAAUUUCAUAAAGAAGGUGUGUCAGGAUGCUCCCACGGUGUACUAUCUGUGCUCAGUGCCAGUAAAAAGUUUCAAAAUUUUAAAUGUGAUUUUUGUCUUUGCUGCCUCCAGCAGGCCAUUUGGGGUAAAGGGAUAUGUUCAGCAUUGGUCCUGUGUUACAAUCCUUUUGGCUUCUAAUCCCA